GCCUUGGGCCGCGAGUGAGGUCCAGUUAAAAACAUACAUGGCCGGAAAUACCCUCCCUAGUCUCUCUUUCUAGAUUUUGUUUUCCAAUUACAGACUCUGAAGCACAGGCAAAGAAAAAGUUCGCCAAAUCGUUCAAGUUCCGCGGCGAAAUCGUUCGGUCCAGUGGUGGCGGAGGCGGUGGCGGCCUAUGAAAUAGCUCGGCACCGUCCUCUUCUAGCUUUCCACACCAAUGGACUCGGAAUUCUCCGCGACGACGGCACGUGCUUCCGGUGCGGAUUCCGACUUCGGUUUCGCUUUCAACGAUCAGAAUUUCUCCGAUAGGAUCCUUAAGCUAGAGAUCAUCCCCGACGUACCGGAGUCCAAAAUCGACGGCGGAGAUGGAUGCGGCACCCUGACGGAGUGGGCCACAGAUCGGAAGCGUCGGCGCGAGGAGAUUAAGAAGGACAACGAAGCUCCAGAAUCUACGGGAAUAGAAGUGGAACUGGUGGAAGAUUUGAGUAUUCCACAGACAGAGGAAACUCUGGCGUACGACAACCAAGAUGAGGAAGCUGUUGCUAUGAUGGAGGAUUGUGGUGCAGGUGGUGUGUUGCCUUUGAACGAGCAAGGUGUAGAUUCGCCUUGUGACAGUGAAUCGGGCUGGAGCAGGGACUCCUCAGCUGUUCUUAGGGUUAGUACUAUACAUAUCAGUUCACCAAUAUUAGCUGCAAAGAGCCCAUUCUUUUACAAGUUGUUUUCCAAUGGAAUGAAAGAGUCUGAUCAACGCCAUGUAACUCUUCAGAUUCACGAAUCUGAAGAAGCAGCCUUGAUGGAACUCCUGAAUUUUAUGUACAGUGGUACCUUACCGACAACCACAGCUCCAGCUUUGUUGGAUGUUUUGAUGGCAGCUGACAAGUUUGAAGUGUCAUCAUGUAUGAGACAUUGCAGUAGGUUACUGCGGAAUUUGCCUAUGACCAGUGAGUCAGCAUUCCUGUAUUUGGACCUUCCUUCAACUGUUAGAAUGGCAGAGGCGGUUCAGCCAUUGACUGAUGCAGCAAAACAAUAUCUUGCCAGCCAAUACAAAGACAUAUCGAAGUUCCAGGAAGAGGUUCUCAACAUGCCGUUGGCUGGUAUUGAGGCAAUAUUUUCAAGUGAUGAUGUCCAGGUAGCCUCAGAGGAUGCCGUGUAUGAUUUCUUGCUUAAGUGGGCGCGCCUACAUUACCCCAUAUUAGAUGAACGGCGAGAAGUCAUGGGGACGAGACUUGCAAGACUAAUCCGCUUUCCCUUCAUGACAUCUCGAAAGCUCAAGAAGGUAUUGAUUUGUAAUGAUUUGGACCAUGAAAUUGCCUCCAAGGUUGUCCUCGAUACUCUGUUUUUCAAGUGUGAGACGCCGUACAGACAACGUGCCCUUGCUUCAGAGGAGUCGAACACCUCCCAUCGGCGGCUUGUGGAGCGAGCUUACAAGUAUCGACCUAUCAAGGUGGUGGAUUUUGAUCUUCCUAGGCCACAGUGUGUAGUGUACCUGGAUUUCAAACGCGAGGAAUGUGAGCAACUAUUUCCUGCUGGCCGGGUGUAUUCACAAGCAUUUAACCUUGGAGGUCAGGGGUUUUUCUUGUCUGGCCACUGCAAUAUGGACCAACAUAGCUCUUUUCACUGCUUCGGACUGUUUCUGGGGAUGCAAGAGAAAGGAUCAGUGAGCUUUGCUGUUGACUAUGAGUUUGCUGCUAGGUCUAAGCCAACCGAUGAGUUCGUCAGCAAGUAUAAAGGGAACUAUACUUUCACCGGAGGGAAGGCUGUGGGGUACCGGAACUUGUUUGGAGUACCGUGGAAAACGUUCAUGGCUGAUGACAGCCCUUUCUUCAUCAAUGACAUUCUGCAUCUCAGAGCAGAACUGACCCUCAAGCAAUGAGUAUUUUCAGUACUUACCUGUCGACUCAACUUACCUUGCAGAUUGGUUCUUACAUGUUCAUAAGUUUACGUAUUGCAAGUGAACUUGUUAGCUGCAGUUAACUGGAACUUACUGAUUCAAUGCAUGUAACCUAGUUGGAUUAAGGAUUCUAUAAUGGAGACAUUUUUUUAUUUAUUAUCCCUAGAGAGGAGCUGAAGCGAUGGAUGUGUGUUCUGUUUGUAUAGCUUUUGUUGCUCGAGUUUCCAUAAUCGAAUAUUCAUCCAUCUAAACGACCUCUCACUGUUGCUCGAACCUCAGUUCGGAAUUGACUUUGCCUGAACUUCACUCACUUCGUACAAGGAAGAACGACGAGUUUUGUGCCGACGGUGUAGUGUCCGGAAGGCGAGAAGAAGAGACGUCGGUAGGCCUUGUGCCCAGCGGCGGUCACAGUCGUUUGACCGGCCGUUGACAAAGCCCAUCCCGAAAUUGGACUUUGGGCCCAAUUCAACAGUUCACGUACUGUGGUUGAGCCCAAACUUAAACCGCCGGACCGCCUACCAACAAACAGUAGAGGCAGCAUUUUGCCCUUAAAUUUCUCGGGAAACAAACACGCAACAAAUAA